CCAACCCCAACACCAACCGUAAAAGACCUAGAAACUUUUCUAAUAUUUUUCCACUUGCUACUACCUCGAAUAAAACUACUAAGGCUGUAUUAGGCAAUACCUCAACUUCUAUUAGAAUACAAGCAAGUAUGAAGACACCUACUACAAGAUUAACAUAUAGCCAAGCUGCUCAAACAGAUCUAAAGCUACUCAAGACUGAUGCCCCUGAAGAUGAAAUGGAGUGGGCUUCAGAA